AUGCUGAGGCUGUGGAGCUGUCCUGUGCCCAGAACGCCGAAGCUGUGCAGGCAAAUCACACCUUUGAGAAACCUGCACCUCACUGGUUCCAUCCUGCAAAAGGAUCAAGAACAGAAGAGCAAGUACAUAGAGAAACUUCACCUAGACUCAGAACCCAUCAAUUCUCAGGAAACCGAUUCCACCUACGAGUCGUACCAGAGAUUCCAGGCGAUGUUCAUGGGGAUUAUGGUUAUCAUUGGAUCGAUAGGAGGGUACGAGUUGUAUAGAAACUGGGAUUUUGUGAAAAGAAAAGUGGUUGGAGAUUCUUACGAUAUGUCCAAAUUUGAAGAAGUCUACGCCCAGAUUCAGGCAAAGCAGGAGAAAAAGAAGAACAAGAUUGACACACUCAAUGCCACUGUGAGCAAUCCAAAUUCAAGUGACGUUCCGGGACUGUAUAUAUGCGGAGAUAAUUCUACCCAGAUGGUUUCUACUGAUCCUAAAGUCAAAUUCCAGUCGGUGCUGAAGCGUCUCGACAUUUUCGACAAUAUGCUCGUUCGGGAUGUGGCUUUGGGAGAGGCCUCUGGUGCUUUGAUUAACGAAAAGGGACAUUUAUACCAAUGGGGUGCAGGAUUCGGAGGAAACUCGUCCAAGCCAACGCUGAAGGGUAAAGAUUUGGUGAAGGUGAAAAUCAGCAAUGGACUGGUUUACGCUCUCACGAAACGAGGGGAGGUUCUAUUCUUACCCGAGAGCGCAAAUGAACAGCAACAAUACAGGGAAAAAGAUAAGGGAUGGCUUUUUUCUAGUACCAGAAACUACGGCAAGUUGGCUACCAGCAGACCGAUCAAAGACAUUGUCGCUGGAAAAGAGCAUUUGGUUCUUCUAGAUAAUAGAGGAUUUGUCUAUACUGCGGCUACAGGUCUCGAGCGAUUGAAGAGAUCGUACGGUCAGUUUGGUCUUCCUGAAUAUUCUCAGUUUGAUGAGCCGCCUGUCCCAAACGAGCUUCAUGAGGUGACUCUGCUGAACCGCGUGAGAGAAAAUGAUAUUUUAACCCAGCGCGAGAUCAAGAAAAUUGCCGCUGGAGAUUACUUCACCGUGUGUCUGGACAGUCUAGGAAACAUUUGGGCUUUUGGCAAAAACACUUACGGUUCUUUAGGCAAGGAGGUCAGUUACAAAACUGAAAUUGUGCCAUACCCAUGCAAAGUGGAAUUGGUCAGCAAGAGGUUCAAGAGAAGCGAUCUUCCUCAGUGCAUCGACAUCGCCGCAGGUGGAGAUACCGCUUUUGCGUCUUUCGUGUCUUCGGACAUUUACGAUCUGUUUGAACAUAACUUGAAAAAUUCCAAAACUUUCAAUUUGAGCAUGCUAUCAGAGCAGCAGAAGGAGUCUUUGGUUCACUUUGCGUGGGGGCACGGGUUGAAGGGCGAGCUUGGAAACGGUCGUUUUGUGCAUGGCCAGGCGGAGCCAACAAAAAUUCAAAAAUUGAACGAUAUUCGUGAAUAUGACGAGAGCAAGGGAAAGUUGGAGGUACUCGGCCUGCGCCAAUGGAGUGUUGGAAGCAACCAUGCCGUAGCUACACUGUCUAACGGAGACGUUUAUGAUUGGGGAGACAAUGAAUUUGGACAGCUUGGAAACGGUAAGCGAAUCCGGUCUGGGGUGCCGACCCCAAUUCCUGCGCUUUUAGAGCCCGGAAAGCCUUUUGUUAGGAGUGAGAAUAGCCGUCUACAACUAAAGGCCACCAAGAAGUACGAGCAAGUGGCCGUGGCCGGCCCAAGCACCACUGCUAUAUAUUACAAAUGUAAAUAG